AUGUCAACUCAUGAAGAGCCUCUCCCCACAAAUAACAUCCUGAUAGUAGGCGGCGGCCCAAUAGGCCUUCUGCUCGCUACCGUCUUAUCCCACCACGGCAUCCGCUCCAUCCUCCUCGAGCGCAACGAAACAACAACAAAAUGGCCGAAAAUGGAUCUCACCAACGCGCAGUCUAUGGAGAUGUUACGGCGUCUUGGACUUUCGGAAGAGAUGCGAUUACUUGGUGUACCAUCCGAUAAGUCACACAAUGUGCUGGUAUCAUCAGGUCUUGCGGCGGAGGAAUGUGUGACCAAGUGGGAAUUACCUAGUGUUGACGAGUUCCGGCGGAAAAUACAACAAAAAAACGAUGGGUCUAUGCCGAGAGAGCCGUGGCAGAGACUCAGUCAGGUCAAAUUUGAGAAGUGGUUGAAGGAGAGAUGUGAGAGGGAUGAGAUGAUUGAUGCGAGGUUUGGGUGGAAGGUCGAACAUGUUGAAGUAAAGGAAGGCAAAGUGAGGACUAGAGCAAUAGAGCUCAAGAAUGGGGAGAGCAGGAUGUUUAUCUCCGAGUAUGCGGUGGGGUGCGAUGGCGCGUCAAGUAUAGUGAGGAGAUCGUUAGAGAUGCCGCUCGAUGGUGGACCGAUACAUACAUGCGUACUUCUCGUUCACUUCAAAUCGCGCGAUCUAACGCGUAUCCAGAAGCAAGGCCAAUUCUGGCACACCUUUUUCAUGGUUGAACCGGGGAUUUUUGGCGGCGCAAUGAUCGCCCAAGACGAAAUCGAAACAUGGACUGUCCACUACUUCCUCCCCCUCGGGACCGACACAUCAGCCAUUACUUCGGAAGAAGCGGUAUACACCCGCCCAAGCAUCGCUGUUGCGAGGACUUGGGCUACGCCUGACCAUCGCGUCUUCAUCGCUGGAGAUGCGGCCCAUCAGAAUAUUCCUACUGGAGGGUAUGGCAUGAACAUGGGUAUCGGAGAUGCGUACGACUUAGGCUGGAAGCUGGCCGUUGCGAUGAAGUAUGGUGGGCGUGGACUAAUGGAAUCCUAUACAUCCGAGCGUCGGCCUGUAGCGCUACGCAAUGUAGAGCACUCGGGUGUACACAUGAAAGUUCACUCUGACGUCGCUCAGUUCUUUGAAGGUGGAGAUCCUCAUCGCGUUGAUUGGCCCACAGAGGAGGGUCGAGCGCUACGAAGACAACUGCAUGAGCACUACCAAGAACAUGAUGGCGAGAACAAGGACUUUGGUAUCGAGAUGGGGUAUGUCUACGAGUCUUAUGUUCUCCAGAUACCGCAGCCGGGUGAGGUCAAACCGCCCUUUCGAGCGUCACAGUAUACGCCUUCGACGUGGCCGGGUAGUCGAGCGCCCCAUGUGUUCUUAUCGGACGGUUCUGCCAUCUUCGAUCAUCUCGGCAUGGACUGGUCGCUUGUCACAUUCGCAGACUCAAGUAUGCAUAGUGCUCAGCUAUUCCUUGACGCUGCUGCUUCGCUUUCGGUCCCACUCGAGCAUGUUGAUCUCCGGGAUGAGGGGCAUGCGCGUAGCAUCUGGGGGUGCAAUAUCGUUCUUGUUCGUCCCGAUGAGCAUGUGGCUUGGAGAGCGGACUCUGUCAGUAAUACUGAAGAAGCGCUACGUGUUUUGCGGCUGGUGAUAGGUCUGGAGGGGGCGGAAGACAAAGCUGGCCGGAGAGACAGCAACACGGGCCUUCCGGAUCAGAUCUUCACUGCGACUAUGGAGACGAAGACACAGAUGCAUCGAUAUGAGCUGGAGCAGAUGGGUGAGUUUCAGCGUUAG